AUGGCCACAACUUUCGUAUCCGGCGUCACCUUUGGGGCUUCCAUGUUGGCCGCGGGCUUCCAUCACCCUUCCAUCGUCGUUUCGCAGUUGAAAUUUGAUAACUGGCAUAUGGUCCAGACCUUUAUGACGGCGACGGCUGGCAGUGCAGCCAUCUACACCGUCCUCGAACGUCUGGCUUAUCUCAGCCUCACACCCCGAAGCAACUCCCCCCUCAGCCUCUUCUCCAAGUAUGAUGGCAACAUCAUUGGCGGGUCCAUGCUGGGCAUCGGCAUGGCCCUGUCGGGAGCCUGCCCGGGAACGCUGGUCGUGCAGAUGGGCGCCGGCGUGAGUGCCGGAUACCUGUCGUUCCUGGGUGCCGUGGCCGGCGGUAUCAUCUGGAGCGGGUAUCUGAGCGGAGCCGUCAAGAGGCGGAACGAUAAGGAAGGGACGAGGACCGAGAUCAACACCCUGAUGGACCAGACGGGGCUUCCCAGGAUGGCCGCCUUCUGUCUCUUCGAGGCUGCGGCGCUGGCUCUCGUCGGCGUCACCACCGUGUACACCCCCGCUGCGUCGGAGCCCGAGAUUCUCGGCAUCGUGGGCGGCUUGCUCAUCGCCGGCGCCCAGCUGGUAUCCAUGCUAUCCCGCCGUUCCAUGCUGGGCAUCUCAGGCAGCUACGAGGAGAUGGGCAAGCUCUUCUGGUGGGCAGUCGCCGGGGCUGACCCCGUGGACAAGCCUGGUCAUGGCAAUAUCCUCUUUUCCAUGGGCGUCCUCAGUGGUGCAUACCUGCUUGGCCGCAUAAUGCCCGAGCUGGUAGGGGCCCCUGCGUCCGAGCCAUCACCUGUCCUCGCCGUCGCGGGCGGUAUCCUCAUGGUCAUCGGGUCACGUACGGCUGGCGGUUGCACUUCCGGUCACGGAAUCAGUGGCCUGUCGCUGCUGUCGACGUCGAGUGUCGUGACCAUUGCCAGCGCCUUUGCUGCGGGAAGACUAGUCGCAACCGUGGCUCUGUGA